UGAAACACGCCUGAUCUUCCUCACUGUCAUUUUGAUAGCGCUUCACAAGGACAGAGGGGAGAGAGACGGGAAUAAAGACAUGUCCCGACUGCAGUUAUAAACACAGAAAGGUCCUGAAAGCGUCCAGCACAUCGACACUAAGCGUGAUGACAUCACUUCGGUGUCUGACGCUUCCCAAUUCCUAACCACAUUACCAUGGCAACAGGAAGAAAAGGCUCCACCUCCAAGGCAGGUGGGGUGCGUUUCCCUGACGAUGAUGAGCCCCCUGGCUCUCCAACACGGAGAGACGACCAGUCAAACCCCUCCACUCUCACUGCUAUCCUAGAGAAGGACGGCAGCUACUUUGUCAAGGCUGGUUUCAUGAAGAGCCACCACUGUUAUGAGAUUGUCUUCACCGUCCCUAAUGUCCCCACACUGGGCAAAGAGCUCUCCGGUGCUCCUUCCACCUCUCCAACGCGGAGGCCCUCCUGCCUCUGGGUGCAUCGCGUAAACUCCACGCUGGAGGGAGUAAAAGUAACGUGUGAGUACAGGACUCACCAGGAGGGGGUGCAGCAGGAGGAGAUCACUCUGGUAACCAGAGGGAGAAAAGACAGCAGUCUGAAGGUCAGACUUCAGGCCAGGGUCAUUGACCCACAUCACGGGACUCCCAUGCUGCUGGAGGGGGUGAGGUGCCUGGGUGCUCACAAAGACGUGCACACAAAGCACAGCAGCGACUGUAAGAGGAUAUGAUGAAAAAGAUACACACAGAUAAUGUAUAGUAUAUAUCUACAACAAUUACUGGGUCAGGGCCCAGAGUGGUAGUUUGGAAACUCAAAUUAGAAACUGCUUUUUUGACUGGGAAACAAAACAUAUGUGAUGCUAUGUUUUUCUAUAUGGUAGUCCAAAAUAUUUGUUAGAAAAUAACAAAUCAAUCAAAGACUGUAAUUAAAACUGAUGAAUUGGCUCCUCAAAAAGAACUCAUACAUACAUACAUACCACCAGCCCACAGCUCUGGAUGGGAAUUUGACAGCUGCUAUCCAGUUUAGAGAGCCACGAAGUCUCUGUUGGACGUACAGUGAACCAUCACUCAACACUAGCCAACUCACACACUCACACACAAAUAAAUGUUUACUUAGGUCACUUUUGGGGACAUUACAUAGACUUGGAGACUUAAGCUGUAUUCGGAACCGCCUACUACAUACUACUGGCAACUGCAGUAUGCAGUAUGUACUGUAUACUGUAUACCGUACGCAUGCAUACUGUAUGCACUAACUGUUAUUUGAUUUAUUUAGCAGUUUCCGGUUUUCAAAAUCAGAACAAUAGGAGGUAUAUAAAUGUAAGUACCACUUAAAACUACAAAGCUGCAGCCAAUCUGUAGCGAAUGUUUGCUUUGGUAUAGUGGUGCAUAAAUAAGAAUAAUAUGAAAUAAAAGCUUCUCAACUCCGAAAACGUUCUAGCACAUUUUCAGUUUCCCAACAAUUUUCAUAAAAUUGCUGAUAUUUCAAAUCUACACAGUUGAUUUCUCGCCUCAAAACUUGUUAGAAGUGGAUUUAGUGAUGAAAACAGCGUAUGAAAAUUGUAAAACAAGUUCUAUUGUCCUCUACACAUCAGACCGGUUGUUGUUACAGUUCUAGCGCUUUGCAUUAUGGGGCACAGUACGCAUGGUCUGAUGCAUACUGGAGAUUUUAUCCGAAUCAGUACGCCAUCCGGGUAUUUUUGGCAUACUGCAGAUUUUUCAUAGUAGGCGGUUCCGAACGCAGACAUAGCCUACGCCCUAACCACUGACCUAGCUUUGUGCACCAGCUACCAUAGAGUAGUACAUUGUUUGUAACUUAGAAUAACAGUAGACUUGCGUAAUGAUAAUAGUGCAAAAACAUUGCACAAAAUGUCAAUUGUGGCUUCAGGGGUGUUGCUGUUAGCCUGUCAUUCCUCUGGCAACCAGUCACUCACAUUUCUUAGGUCUUCUCUUAAGCUGACAACCUGCUUGAAAUUCAAAAUAAGUCAAAUCUCAACAUAGAAUUAGAUCAAAUCUCUUAGAUGUAGUGAGCAGGUUUUAUGCAGCAUGACACAUCUUUACUGUUGUUAUUGUAGUUUCCUACAGCUGCCACCAAAUAUUUCAAUGAUUGCACCUUACUGCUGCACCAAUACAAUUCUUACUAUGCUAUUGAUAUAUCAUGUGAAGAAAUCUGGACACUUUAGCUGGGGUCACUUGUUAAAGUGCACUUUGGCAGCAUUGGCACCGUUUGCAAUAAAAGCCACUUGUUGUAACUACUGAGCAUCUUUCAAUCCAGCUGUCUGCCAUUACACUUUACUCAGAUAUCAGAUGAUAUUCCUGUAUUUUUAAUGUAGCCAUACAUUAAAAAAGAGGAGAUUAUGACAAUU